AUGUCUGUGUAUACGGGUGGCUUUUGUUCGGAAGUGCCGAAGGGGAAGAAGGCUAAAGGUAAGAAGGUGGCACCUGCCCCUUCUGUCUUGAAGAAGCACGCCGCCAAGAAAGUCGUCAACCCCCUGUUUGAGAAGAGACCCAAGAACUAUGGCAUUGGUCAGGAUAUCCAGCCCAAGCGUGAUCUGACACGCUUUGUGAAAUGGCCUCGCUACAUCCGGCUGCAGCGUCAGAAAGCCAUCCUGUACAAAAGGCUGAAGGUGCCCCCUUCAAUCAACCAGUUCACCCAGGCUCUGGACCGCCAAACCGCAACCCAGCUCUUAAAGCUGGCCCACAAGUACAGGCCUGAGACCAAGCAGGAGAAGAAGCAGAGGCUGCUGGCUCGCGCUGAGCAGAAGGCUGCUGGCAAAGGAGAUACCCCAACCAAGAGACCCCCAGUCCUCAGAGGAGGUGUGAACACUGUCACCACUCUGGUGGAGAGCAAGAAGGCUCAGCUGGUUGUCAUUGCCCAUGACGUGGAUCCCAUUGAGCUGGUUGUGUUCCUGCCUGCACUGUGCCGUAAGAUGGGCGUUCCAUACUGCAUUGUCAAGGGCAAGGCCAGGCUGGGCCGCCUGCUUCACAGGAAGACCUGCACUUCCUUUGCCUUCACACAGAUCAACCCUGAGGAUAAGGGAGCUUUGGCUAAGCUGGUGGAAGCUGUCAAGACCAACUACAAUGACAGAUAUGAUGAGAUUCGCCGUCACUGGGGAGGAAACGUCAUGGGUCCGAAAUCCACAGCCCGUGUCGCCAAGCUGGAAAAAGCAAAGGCCAAGGAACUGGCGACCAAGCUGGGUUGAAUCUUCCAAGCUUGUGUUUACCUGUUCUGUACAUAAAAAUAAAAAUCCCAGAAAAAAAGCAGUCUUGUAAUUUCA